AGCAUGCCUGGACCUUCACACACUACAUUGUGUUGUCACACCUCAAGAUAAAAUAAGAGCAGUGUUCCUGUUGAGGGCAGGCCUGUGCAGGCAAAUGUUUCUGCACAACAACAGGAAGAAGAAGAAGAAGGGAUCACAUACAACUUUGACCUGUUUUGAGCAGAAGUGCUGUCACGUAUUCUCGUUACCUUGACAACGGCUUGCUGAGAGUCUGUAAAGUGCAGAGAGAUGGAUAACAUGGAGUGUCAAUGUGCAAACAACCCUGAGGAUGGAGGCUGGUGGAUGAGCAGCCAGAUGGGAGCUUUUACCGUGGUGGGGUAUCUUCUCUACAGGUUCUCACAGACACUCCCACGUCUGAUCCGAUGGCCGAUUCGUCUGUUCUGCUCUCUAACUGGUCUGACAGCUCUUUGGAGCUGGGUGGGCCGCCUGGUGGGAACCCUUCGUGGAAUCCAGAGCCUGUGUAAAUGGCUGUCUCGAGUUUGGCGGUUUGUCGGAGCAUCUUCCUCCAAGUUCAAGUGGCUGAUUGCUAUCAUCACAGGGUCAUCCAGUGAUGGAGCACUGGAGGAUCUCAAAAGCAGCACCAACAAACCAAGCCUGAGGCUGAUCCUCGUGGGGCCCACGGGUGGAGGACGGACCUCCCUUGCAGAUACUUUGUUGGGCAAAAGUGAGACACCCAUGGAUCCCCAAAUGGAGAGCACCAAGAGAAGGACAAUAAUGGGUGGGAGAGAGGUUAUAGUGAUCGACACUCCGGAUCUUUUGGGGUUGUCGUUGGGGAACCACAAGAAAGCCAGGGAAGCUCUGAGGAGCCUCCAGCUCUCCGGUCCUGGACCGCACGCCUUCCUGCUGGUGAUCCGAGCUCCGGGCUCCAGCAUGACCAUCGACCAGGACGCGGCUCAGGCAGUCCGAGCCACCCUCAAGCUGUUUGGAGACGGGGUCGCGGGGUACAUCAUCCCUGUGCUCACCCACCCAGACCGUCUGGGUCGGAGGCCUACCGUAGAUGCGCUGCUGGAUGCGGACUCUGGGGGUCUGAAAAGGGCUCUAUCUCUGUGUGACCAGAGGCCAGAACUGCUGGACAACGGGCCAGACCGCCCCCUAGAGGCGCAGAUUGCGAUGCGCAAGCUGCUGGUGGAGCGUGUGAUGGAGACGGAGGCAGUGAGGGGGCAUUUUGUCCACGAGCUGCAGAGGAGGGAGGACCACAUCAGGGAGGAGCUGCUAGCUGAUAUGGGCUCGGCACUGGCUGGAAAACUGUGACAUGUAAAUAAGAGAGGGGGAAGGAUCGAGAGAUGGUGACGUUGGUGUGUGUGUAUGACAGCGUUGUUGGAGCAGUGACAAAAUAAGGAGGCAGGAUUCAUUCAAGUGUUAAACAUGCAAUUUUGACUUUCGGUGCAAGGGUGAUUCUUUGCCUGAGGUAUUUUUGUCACUCUGCUGGUUCACCACUGUCCAAACGGAUUUACUACCACUGGCCGCCUUUUGGUUUUCCAACAUGCCGCAGAUGCUUUUGGUUAGAUAUCAUGCCCACACACACUUCAUUUUCCAAUUUUGGUGUGUUGUAAUUCUUCAAUGUCUGUGUAUUCUUCUGUGAAGGCCUGUGCUUCGUGUUUUCUUACUCUGCUCCAGUGCUUGUUGGCCCUCCCUUGUCUUGCAUAAUUUAUAAGAUAUCAAACUUUAAAGAUGAUCAGGGAAAAUAAACUGAAGUCACAUUGGGAAUAGAGUUCAGCAGCAUCGCUGCAUGCAUUCUGUGUUUUCUCCAGAGGCCUCUGAAACAGCAUUUAAUUAGCAUUAAUUGAAGGUUUUAUAGACUGUAUUUAUGUAGCUGUGAUCAGAAAACAUCUUCAUCAUAUUGUCAACAGAUGACAGUAUUGAGUUGAUAUAUGAUAUAAUAUCACGCAAGUACAGUAUAUGUCGUCAAUGUAGUGCGGUGUAAACCAAUUUUGAUUAAUAACUUUUCAUUUUCCAAACGAUUAGACUGUUAUCAGCCGCUAUGAUCACCAUAGAUGUGGGUCAAUAGGGGCCUACUACACCCAAUAGUAGGUUUUAUCAUCUAUUCACAUGGUCGAUCACCGAAAGAAGGUAUUAACAAACACGACAGUGACCUCUAGCAACCAUAGUAAUAUUUGACGUGCAGAAGCGGAAGUCCGACACUGUUGUAUGUAUAUACAGCCUGAAACUCCAAAUAGGAUGGAGGUUGGGAGCAAUGGAUGGGACACGAUUCACAGGGUGUUCACCCAGAGGACCAGAGUUUGCAUCCUGUGUAGUUGUAUUUGUGUUUAAGUGUUAAGUUUCACUUUCACUUUUCAAAUUUAGUUAUUUUAAGUCAAAACUUAACUGUUUUUGUUGCGUAAACCUAAAGAAGUUGUAGUUUUGUUCCCUAAACCUAAAUAAGCCUUUUUGUGUUCAAAAUGUAACGUUUCUUUCAGUUUUACAACGUGUUAGAAUGUGUUGCUUUUAAGUUUCACUUUCACUUUUAAAACAUAGUAGGCAUAAUAGGCCCCCAAUAACCCACAUAAAUGGUGCUUAUAGCAACCGAUAAGGCCUAUUUAAUGGCCUGAUAACAGUCAAAUUCAGAAUUGAAGUUGCCCAUAUAAAUGACACAAGUAAAGCACAGUGGCUCUGUGGUUAGGAAUAGCAUUCAACUAAACAGUACAGACCUUCAACAGACCAAUCAGGUUCCUCAUGCAUCGUGAUGUAUAAAAUUUGACAUUGGAAAAAAUGACCCUCUUGUCUGUUGUUCUUUUGCCAAGCCUGACCUCUGACCUGAGAAAAAGAGAAACAGCAUUAAAAAAAUAGUUUGUCCCAAAAUGGAAUUGCAGUCAUUGUCUUCCAGUUUGAACCAGCCAGGGAUUAUAUACAGUACUUUGCAGUCCAAACAAACGUACUCCAAUAUUUACCUCAAUAGCUCCAAGACAUUCCAGUGUCGCUUUUGAGUAUCGUGUUACUGUGUUCAGUAAACUAAUUCUGAAGAACUGAAAGUAAAACAUUGUCUAACUGGUAAAUGUUGGACUUUUGGUUUAGUUUAGCUGAAAAACACUUUCUAAAAAGCUUGACCUUCCCCUUCUGCACUAAAACACAGCACCAGCAUUUAUGAGGUUAUUGAAUCUGAAGACUGCUGUCAAAACAGAUCUGUUCUCUGUGGCGGAACAUGCCAUUAGCCACAACUGAGAAAAAGAGAUGAAUUUUCAAAUGUAUCCACAUUAUUGUGGACACUAUGGGAUUAAACAGGCCUAACUGGUGGUGGUCCUAAAACUUUGAUGGGGUUUAAAGUUGACUUGAUCGAAUGUGCCAAAGUCUGUUACACAAUUUACAAUACUUUUUAUAUUGGCACUGAAUCAAAUGACUCCUCUAAUUUAAGCUGGUCAGUCAUAGGUGGGCAAACCCACUGAGAAUCAACACCAAAGUCUGCAGCUAUUUGCAGCUUUCUAGCCACUUUUGGCUCUUUGUUUUAGGUUUUCGGCCUGCCCAACAUUCAGAGGAGUUCGCAAACCAAACUAGAGCUAAAAAUAUAGAGUGAAUUUUGAGCUAUUCUCGAAAUGUCAAAAAUUCAACAUGAGUAACAACUUUUGUAUCUGCUUGCACCAUAACCAAAUGGACUAUGGGCUGAGGCGAUUCAUUGUGUCACAUUGUUUCAAUAAAAUAGA